AUACAAAACAAAUGAACCGCAGGAAGACCAGGAGAACACGUCCAUUCUCAAACUCUCAAAAGAGGGCUGAGGCAGACGAAUGGAAAACCUCAAAUCAACAAUCAUGGCGAGACCGAGGCUACAAACAGGAGGGCACACUGGAGACGCCCGUGGAGGAGAGUGUACCUAAGGGAACAUGCCAGACCAUGUGCCCUGCCAUUGAAAUGCGACAGCGACAAUCACAGCACCGCCUCCAUCGAUAUGAGAUAUUGACAGGAACAGAGAAAGAUCGUCAGCCCAGAGCAGACCCCUUGCGUAUGGUGAAGGAGUAUGCCAGACCAGCAGCUGGCAAAGACUCCACAAACCCCAGUGAACUUCGACCCCCAGAUGUGCUGCAAAAGACUGUUCACUAUCUUAUUGACGAAAUAGCUACUUCCCAAAAUCUACAUCCUUGGACUGAGGUGUAUGGGUUCGUCUUUGAUCGCCUGCGUGCAGUGAAACAAGACAUGAUUAUCCAGCGGCUAUCUGGGCCAUGCUGUGUGACAAUUCUGGAGCAAACUGUUUGUUUUCUUGUUUAUGCAUCGUACCGUCUUUGUGGUGAGCCUCUUCGGCUUUAUGAUCCCAAGCUCAAUGACAUGCAUGUGCAGGAAAAUUUGAGAUGGCUUCUGGACUGUUAUGUUUCUGGCUCAGCACCAAAUGACCACCAGGAAGAGUAUGAAGCACUGAAUUUGCUUUACAAUUUAGGUUGUACCAAGGCCCUGCAGCGUGUUAUGCAACUUCCAGAGGGACUCCGCUGUACUCCUGACAUUUCAUUGGCUCUGUCGAUCAGUCAUGCUUAUCUUGAACGUAAUCCAGUUCGUCUUCUUAGAUUGGCUAAGAAGUUGAGCUUCCUACAGAUGUGUGCUCUCCACCGCCAUCUCACAGCUUGUCGAAGGGAUCUUCUUCUAAUAUACAGUCAUGGAUUCAGUAGCCGUAACUGUCGUUUUCCGCUUGAGAAACUGAGUCAUCUUUUGGAUUUGGAUACAUGUUAUACAACUCAGUAUUGCCAAUUAUAUGGAGUUGAGAUCAACUUAGAAAAUAAAGUCAUCUUUACCAAAAAUGCCUUUCCUGAACUUGAACAGGGAAAAGGACAUUGUUUCCAGUAUCACAAUACUACAACUGACAAACUGAAGUUAAUUAUGAUGGGAUGUAGAGUUCAUAAAUCUUUUUCUAAUCAAUAAUGCUGUACAGCAUGGGAUGUUUAAGUAGAAUAAUGUUAUUUUAAUUAAAGGAUUGUUGCUGCUCAGUGUUCUAAAAUCUG